UCUAGGAGCAGACUGCUCACCGGUCUGUCAGGCUUGAAGAACACGGUCCUAAAAGAGGAAAAUGGCUCAAAGGCAUUUUGAGGGAAAAGCGCAUGCUGAAUCUUACCAGCGUUACCGGGUGUCUCCUCCGCAGCAACUCAUAGAUGAAGUGCUGAACUUCCUCCGAAAAAGAAUCCAGGGCCAGCUUGAUCUGGCAGUGGAUGUCGGCUGUGGCUCUGGACAGGGUACCGAGCUUCUGGCCCCUCACUUUAUCACUGUGGUUGGGACAGAUGUCAGUGCAGCUCAACUCGAGAUAGCUUCUGCCAAAGAUCAUGCACCAAAUGUGUGUUACAGGUACACAAUAACUGAUAAAAAAUGUGAUAGGUGAUGUAGCUGAAUGUUCAAGUUUCCAAGAUAUCAAUUUGUGGUGAUGUGGAUGUGGCCGAGCAAAGACUGUGUAGAGCGAGGCCGGGAGAAGAAGAGCGGUAAGGAAUGACACCUGUGGGAAAUCACAUCUAACAGCUGGUUUGUGUUACAUUGAGAGCUGGAG